AUGGUCCCGCAACCACCACAACGAACCGAAUUCCAUUUUCAAACGAUCACCGUCCAAAAUUUGUUAUCAGAAUUGAUUCGUGAGGUAACAACAAUCACCGAGGCUCGUCCACUUCAACCCGGUGAAUCAGCCGAAUCUUUUGUGAUUGAUGUGGAAGCAAAAUUAGAAAAGUUCUUGCAAAAUGCUGAAAUAACCCUAAAUGAAUGUCCAGUGUUGACGGGAUCUCGAAAAGGAUUAUUGCAAAGUGCAUUGAGCGAUGUUGAGAGAACAGGAUAUCAAAUGGUAGAAGUUGGCCGUGAAUUGAUCAAAGAUACGUCAUCAUCAGAAAGGAGAAGGCGAGCUGUUGAAGCGGCUCGAAAUCUAUUGAGUACAAUGGUUCGUUUCUUGGAGUUGUGUGAUCAAUUGGAUGUUUUGAUGAUUGUGACAAAUAUCGAUUUGGCUCAAGAGGAGUAUAAUGGGUUGAAAAGUGCGACCACAGAACAGGAAAUUUAUGAUCGUUAUCGCGCUAUUCUUGGCCAAAUUGAAGAAAUCGAGACGAGCACGAGACGACGAGUUGGCGAUCUCGUCGAUCCAUCGCAACGAGACGAUUUCCUCGCAGCUCGCGCACUUCUCAAAACUCAUACACCAAUUCUUUAUGGAUCAACAAAGGCUUUACUCCACCAUCCAACAAAUGCUGGCCUUCGUGAAAACUGCGAGUAUGCUCAUCAAGAAAUCAAUCAUGCUUUUGAAAUGAUGAGAAGAGUUUUAAAUGGACAAUCGGGUGACUAUGCAAAUUUGGGACACGCUGGUCGAUUGAUGAAGGAUCUAGAGCUAUUUCAACAACAAGUCUUUAUGGAACCAGCUGCUUACAAGCCGACCAAGCAUCGUCCCGAAUUAGAAGAGUUAUUGGAAGUGAUUGUGUCACAAGCUGGCCAUAUUGCCGAUUCGGCAUCAACUCGAAAUGAGCGAAAGCAAAAGAUCAUCAACGAAUGCAACAAUCUUCGACAAGCAUUGCAAGAUUUGCUAAAAGAAUAUGAGAACAAUUGUGGACGACACGAUAUGAAUGAAGAUGUCGACUUGGCAAUGGUGCUUGUAACAAGAAAAUCGAAAGAUCUACGUCGCCAUCUUCGCCGAGCAAUUGUCGAUCAUGUGUCUGAUGCUUUUCUGGAUACAAGAACCCCUUUAUCAAUCUUGAUUGCCGCAGCGGAAAGUGGUGACACGAAUGCAACGCGAGAAGCUGGAGAGAUGUUCAUUCAACACGCCGAGAAUAUGAUUGCCGUGGCCCAUUUCGUUUGCGACAUGACAAAUGACAACGAAGGGUUACGUGUGAUUAAAUACACAGCCACUCAACUCUCACAUUUGGCUCCACAGGUUAUAAACGCAGCUCAUCUUCUCUGUCAAAACAACGACAGUGUCGUCGCUCAAGAAAACAUGAAAAUGUUUGCUGAAAUCUGGGAACAAAAAGUAAUCACAUUGGACGAUUUUCUGGCAGUUUCUGAGGCUCACAUCAUCGAAGAUGCAAUUAAUGGACAAGAGGCAAUCAUUCAAGGAAACGGUGACAUGUUGGAUCGAGCUGCUGGAGCGAUUCGCGGACGAUCGUUAAGGGUGUGCUCGGCAGUUGAUGAAGAAAUGAGCGCAAUGCCAUCUGGGCCGUUCACUGAUCGAGUCAAAAAUGCGACACGACGUCUCAGAAAUGAUGUUCUUCAAACAUUUGCCGAACACGCGUCUGCUGUCGUUCAACGUUUAUCCGAUGAAGAUCCGAGCACACGUGGACAAACAGAAACAAAUCGUGACAUUGACGAGUUCAUGAAUGCGUGCACAUUAGUUCACGAAUCGGUCAAGGACAUUAGAAAUGCUCUUCUUGUAAACAGAAAUCCUGAAGAUGUCGAUUCGGAUAAUGAAUACGAAGAGGAUGGUCAAACAAAUGUUUUAGAUGGUCGUAGUCAGGUAUCGGAUGGUCCAAAUCAACAAAGAGUGAUGAGACAUCUUCCCGAAGAGGAUAAAAAGAAGAUCCAAGAGCAAAUUGAUGUUUUCAAGAUCGCUCACACCAAAUUCGAGCGUGAAGUGGCAAAAUGGGAUGAAACCGGAAAUGAUUUGAUCGUUUUGGCCAAACAUAUGGCAAUCAUCAUGCAACAUAUGAUGGAAUUCACUCGUGGGCAUGGACCUUUAAAAACAACAUCUGAUGUGAUUCGAGCGGCACAAGAGAUCUCUGUUGCUGGCUCGAAAUUGAAUGCGCUGGCUAAACAAAUCGGUCAAGAGUCUCGAGAAAGUCGAAGUCGCGAUGAAUUGGAUGCUUAUUUAUCAAAGAUCACUCUUUUCACACAUCAAUUGAACAUUUGCAGCAGGGUGAAAGCUGAUGUUCAGCAAGUCGGAGAUGAACUCAAAGUCACCCAUCUUGAUUCAGCGCUUUCAUUGAUUCAAACAGCAAGAAAUCUGCUUAACGCGGUCGUUCACUCUGUUAAAGCAGCCUAUAUUGCUAGCACAAAGUGUGCUGCAAAUUCACGUGGAUCGGUCGAUGCGGCAAUUGCUUUUUGUGCCGAACAAAAAGAGCGAGAUUUAACAGAAUACGAAAAUAGCGGUGUUAAUGCAAAGAGUGUGUAUCGCCGUCCUGAUGGCGAUGGACCUCGAGUGACGUGGCAUCUUGCUCCACCACAAAAACAACCAUUGGUGCAUCCCCAAAAGAAUGGUGGAUCGGGUGUGGUUCGUCGUGCUAGUGAGCGCCGUCCAAUGGCUCCGAUGCGUGAAUUGGCCCAAUUUCAUCAA